CUAAGAUGGCGGCUCUGUAAUGCUAGCGUGCUGUGUGACGCAACUUCCUGUCGACUACUACAUGCCGGCGGGCUGUGCUCGUUUCGUUUCCGGCUGAGACAAAGCUCAUUCCGCGACGUCUUCACCACCAUGCCCAAGUUUUAUUGUGACUACUGUGACACCUACCUCACCCAUGACUCGCCAUCAGUCCGCAAGACUCACUGUAGUGGUAGGAAACAUAAGGAAAAUGUUAAAGAUUACUAUCAGAAAUGGAUGGAAGAGCAAGCCCAGAGUCUAAUUGACAAGACCACUGCUGCAUUUCAGCAAGGCAAGAUACCACCAACACCGUUUGCAGCUCCGCCAGCUGGAAGUGCCAUGAUCCCACCACCACCGAGCCUAGGUGGCCCCCCACGUCCUGGUAUGAUGCCUGCACCUCCUAUGGCUGGCCCCCCAAUGAUGCAGAUGAUGGGACCUCCACCUGGAAUGAUGCUUGGACAUGGUAUGAGACCACCUAUGGGAGCGCACAUGCAGAUGAUGCCUGGACCUCCAAUGAUGCGCCCACCUUCCCGUCCCAUGAUGCUCCAAUCUCGGCCAGGCAUGGCACGACCGGACAGAUAGCAUGCUGGACAAAAUGCCUUUCCCUAAACAAUAAAGCCCAGUAGUGUGGGUGAUAAAGGGGUCAGCAAACUUUUGGCCAAUAUAUUACAAUUUUUGGUGUACUAAAGCAGUGACAGAUACCACCAUGUGUUUGGUGUGGGUUUUUUUUUUUGUUUUGUUUUUGUUUUUUUUUCCAUUUUAAACUUGGUGUUAAAAGUUUUUCUGGAGAACACAAACUACUAAAAUGCACGUGCUGCUGUAGGGUGUGUUUGUGUUUUUUUUUUUUUUUUUUUGUGUUUUUUUUAAAUACAUAAAUACAUAAAUCCAAGUUUGCCCAUAGUAACUAAGAUUUACCUGAAUUAUUCAUAUAUUUUUUUUUUUAACUUUUUAUUAAAAUUUGAAUGAAACUGCAUUACUUUUAUAGAACUUCAGUUUUAAAUUAAAGAUUUUGUGUAAUAGAUGUUGCGCUAUUUAUUUUUUUCACACUUAAAACUUACGAUAGUGCUGUAAUCGUAAAUGAGAUUCCAUGGGUUAUUUAGCUUUUUCAGUUGCAAUUGAUUUGAAUAGUUGCUAAACGUAUCUCUCAAAGAAUUAACAUGUUUGUUUUUGAAGAAAUUUCAACUUCUAAAUGGUAGUUCUAUUACUUGAAUUAUCCACCUACAAAUAACCAGAGAGCUGGAGUUGUGCAUAGCGUCAAGUUUGGGAAUGAAAAAAAACAAAUGUUUUGUUUGAUUUAUGUACAAAUGGCAUUAGUCAUCCUUUUGUAAAUAAAAUGAAGCGUACACCUCA